GCCAUGUCGUGCGAACGAUAAAUACUUCUGCGUUUGGUGGGCAAAAGUCAUAACACACGAGUACAAUCAAUCGUUAUUAUGAUUACUAAACGUAUUAGUGUUAUAAGUGCGGAUUGACACAGAUAAAUAUCGCGAACGAUAUUAAAUGAUAUAUUGUGAACCGAGCAGGUUUUUCCUUGAUCUUAUAUUAUUUUAUAAUUAAAGUAAUGUAAAAAAAAAAUUUAUAUACAAUAAUUUGAGGACUUGUCCAAAAUUAGAAACGAAACAAUCUUGAUAAGAAUUUUGGUAUUCGUUUCAAGUGUGAACAAUCGUUGUCGUGUUUGAGUGACUAAAAAACGAUUACUCAAAUGAAUAAUUUUACCGUGGAAGAAUUAAAGCAACAACUGAGAAGUAGGAACCUUCCAGUCACUGGCUUAAAGGCAGAUUUGAUAAAUCGGUUGCAAACAAACUCGUCAUAUCAAUCUUAUACAAAUUCGUCUUAUACAAAAAUAUCAAAGGAAAGUAAACUGUGGGAUUGUACUGUACAUCAAUUACAGACGCAAUUGAGAGCUAGGAACCUUCCAGUCACUGGUAUAAAGGCGGACUUAAUAAAUCGGUUGCAAGCAGACACGCCGUAUCAGUCCCAUGUGCAAACAAUGAAUACUGAGAGGAACAGGAUCACGGCUUGCGAGAAACCUACGAUGGACGACGAAUGGUUCACACAUACCAAACUGGUAGCGCAUGCCGCAGAUUCGACAACAGAAACCAUUACCGAUGUAAGUAAGAUUCGAUCUGAAGAUACCAAAACAGCGGAUGCCGCAAAGGUAACUAACGCGGCAAGAAACUCUACGGAUAUGAAUCUGAUUCGAUUUGAAAACACCAAUACGACAGCAGGUGCUACAAAAGCAACGAACGCAACAGCAGAGGCCAAAACGGUAGCGAAUGCCAUAGAGGCGAUGAACACAGCAGCAACAAGCUCUACGAAUGCGAUUCGAUUUGAAGACACCAAAACGACAGCAGGUGCCACAGAAGCAGAAAAACAACUCUACCGAUUUCGGCAGGAUGGAAAUCAAAAUGAUACAGCGAGUGCCACAGAGGUGAAAAACGCGGCAACAAAACUCUCCGUCGAGGAUAAAAGCACUAAAGUACGAUCUUUAUUUGGAUAUCCUAGACAGAUAGCGAAGGCGACGAAAGCGGCAGCAAGAAACUCUACCAAUAUGAAUACACAAUUUCGAGAAACGAUAGCAGGUACCACAGAAGCAACGACAGCAGAUAAAACGGUAGCGAGUACCACAGAGGCGGCAAACGCGGAAACAAAAACCUCUGUUAAUAUGAAUGUGUUUCAAUUUGGAGACACUAAAACGACAGCGGGUGCUGCUGAAGCGAUGAAUGCAGCAGCAAAAAGCUCUACAAAUAUGAAUGCGAUUCGAUUUGAAGACACCAAAACGACAGCAAGUGCCAUAGAAGCAUCGAACACGACAGCAGAGGCCAAAGCGGUAGCGAAUGCCACAAAGGAGACGAACGCGGCAGUAAGAAACUUUCUUGGUGAUAUUUCGAAAGGAUAUAUAGGAACAUUUCAAUUUGGAAAGGCCAAAACUGUAGCAAGUGCUGCAGAGGUGACGAACGCGACAAGAAACUUUGCCGAUAAUAUCAAUCGAGUUGAAGGGACCAAAAUGGCAGCGGGUGUCACAGAGGAGAUAAACCCGACAAAAUACUUUGUUGAUAUUCAUAUGAUAUGGAGAGAGGCUGAAUUGUGCCGAAGAGAAAAAGAACUUGCUGAGCGAGAGUUAAUGUUAGCUCGAAAAGAAAUUGAGGUGCUUCGACAAGCUCUGAUUGAUACGGCUAUUCGUCCACAAAAAAUAUGUUGCUGUUUCGAGAGGAUGUCAUUGCAAGAUGAAGAUGGUGACUCUGUCUCAGUGUCCAGAGAAGAUAGGCACAGUUGUAAGCGACUGGAGCAUAAAGACCAAAGGCAUUAACUCUGACAACAUUAUUUAAUUGUGAUCAUUCGAGAGCUACUGUCUGACAAAAUACAAUAGUAUUAAAAUAUUUUAAGUUUUAAGUUUUAAGUUUAGCGAAGGAAGGCAUGUUGCUUCGGAAUAAGCUGUGGCUUAAGAAAAAUGAAGAAAAAGGAAAUAGUUAUGCCAAUUAGAAGUAUGAGAGUAGCCAUUCCAGCUUUUUUUUUGAUACGAUCAAAACCUUUUGUGUUACCGUCAUUAACAUUUAUUCUAGUAAUUGUAUCCCUACUUGUUUCUCUAAGAGUCCAGAA